UAUGUAGCACAAAUUAGAAGUCAGGGAGCAUCAGGCUGGAGCGGCCGCAGCACUGAGGGACCUUCCCAGCCAAGCUGACAUUGUCUCUGGGGGGACGCGGGAGGGAACUGCCCCAGCACUGGAUGUGGCCACUAUGGGAGCCUCAUUGCCCAGCUUGUGGCUUGCACUCCUUUUAACCCUUGGAGCACCUGAGUCAGUGAGAGGCUGUACCUGUGCCCCUUCCCACCCACAGGAACAGAUCUGCGAUGCGGCAAUUGUGAUUCGAGCAAAGAUUUCUAGUGAGAAGGUGAUUCUGGCUGCGAGUGCGGAGCCGUUUCACUCCAUCAAGCUGAUUCAGUAUGAGAUCAAACUGAUCAAGAUGUUCAAAGGCUUCGAGAAGAUAAAAGACAUCCAGUUUGUGUACACGCCCCUCGACUCCUCCCUCUGCGGCAUCAAGCUUGAAGCCAACAACAAGAAACAGUACCUGCUAACCGGCCAAAUCUCUGCCGACAACAAGGUGUAUAUCCAGCUGUGCAACCUGAUUGAGCCCUGGGACGACCUUUCCUUCUCUCAGAAGAAGAGUCUGAACCAGAGAUUCCAGAUGGGCUGUGAAUGUAAAAUCACUGCCUGCUACACAGUGCCGUGUUCCCUCCAGGCCCCAAACGAAUGUCUCUGGACGGAUUGGCUGAUAGAGAGGCGGCUGUAUGGGCAGCAAGCGAGGAAUUACGCCUGCAUCAUGCGCAGCGACGGCUCCUGCACCUGGUACCGGGGGGGCCCCCCCACCGACAAGGAACUGAUUGAUAUCACUGAGCCGUAGCCCCCCCCCCCCCCCCCCACUGGGGCCCAUUCCAUCCUCUGUGCCAAAACCUGAAGCCUGGGAGCCGAGAUCCAUAGGGAACUGUUAGCUAGACUGCACUGUAAGGGUUCUGACCCACUCCCAACCUGGCCCAACGGGUUCUCCCAUUUGUUUCCCACAAUGCAACAAACUGCCGCUUUGGUUCCAGUUACAAAGACGUCUCUGUGCCAGUCGUGUAGUCGCCCCCUACAGCUGCCAUCACAUUAAUACUCGGUACCAGGGGCGCCGCCGGCACAUCCGGAUUCCCACAAGAACAUUUGGACUGUGUCACUUUGGAACAAAACUGAUGUUUUAUACUGUAUAUUGUGUCUAGCAGGGGUAAUUACUAACCAGCCAGGCUUCUAUGGGAACCCAGCAUUCAUCCUUGUGUAUUAGGGAUUCAUUCCUAUUGGGUCUGUGGGUCACACUCACUGCAUCUUUACUUGGCCUUUAAUCGCACACUCACACUUCCCACUCACAGGUUCCUCAUUACAUUGUGUGUGCAAGGAUCGCACACUCACUCACACACACACUCUCAUUCACUCACACACUCACACACACACUCUCUCACACACUCUCUCAU